GCCUACCACUCUCUGGUCUAUAUCGCUAGCCUACAACAAAGCUGAUGUUGCUGUUGAUAUUUUAUCAUGGCGGGGGGUUCAGUAUCGGUAUGCACAGAGUGUUUGUUUAAAGUUUUGGUAAUUGGAGAGAGAGGUGCUGGAAAAACCAGCUUUAUCACGAGGUACGUUAACAUGCGCUUCAAGGAGGAGUACAAGGCAUCGAUUGGAGUUGACUUCGCGUUGAAAACGAUCGAAUGGGACAAUAAAACAGUGGUGAGACUUCAGCUUUGGGACAUCGCAGGUAAACCGAAUAUGUUGAGCACACAGACACACAAACACGUGAAACAAUAAAGAGAGGGCUUCCAAUUUACUAUGGAUGGACAGAUGUUUUCAGCUAGCACAAUCAUGUUUUUCUCACUCAUAAAACUAUAAAGCCUAGAAAUAGAAAUAAGAUUAUGCAACUAACUCAAUAAAGCUAAAGAAAAGUUUACUCUAUUAACAAUAACAAUUUCAAUAUUCCUAUAUAGAGAAGUGUAGAAUUGGGCGUCAAAAAAGUGGACUGAAAUUAGAUCCUGAUGAUCUGUGUUUCAGUGAUAUAUUUCAUUGUGGAGUGGGGUUGACAAUAUGAUGACAGUCACAGUUCUGUGUUUCUCUGCUUUUGUUAUUGGGUCUGGGGUUACAGCUUUCUCCUUGCUAGGUUAUCUCCAUGGAUUGUAGACAACAUUUUGCUUUCCAAGUUGUACAUUUUCCACAGCCAGAUUAACAUUUAUGUAAGUGAACAGCUUUCCAUUCAAAGUUAAGGAGGAUUUAAGAAAGCAAAGCAGAUGACAACUGUAUGGCUGUGCCCCAAAUGGCACCCUAUUCCCUUUCUAGUGCACUACUUUUGGCCAGGGCCCAUAGGGACACACUAUGUUUUUCUCUAUUUCCUGAAGGUCAGGAGAGGAUUAGGAACAUGACCAGACUAUACUACAAGGAGGCCAUGGGGGCGUUUGUGGUCUUUGACAUGACCAAGAUGGAGACGUUAGAGGCUGCCUCACAGUGGAAGCAUGACCUAGAUAGCAAAGUGAGACUGGCCAGUGGAAGCCCUAUCCCUGCUGUCCUGUUAGCCAACAAGUGUGACCUGACAGAGGGAAACAAGGAGCUGUCUGCCCUCAUGGACAACUACUGUAAAGAGAAAGGCUUCCUGGGUUGGUUUGAGACAUCAGCAAAGGUAAGGGAGUCAGAGCGAUAUCAGUCAUAGAAUGAAGUCAUGUGAUGUACAUUUUUGGACUUUAACACAGUAACAAUGUACUCAUAAAGGCUUAAGGUGUGUAAACAUUAACUUUAACGUUCAUGCUAUACAGUAGUUACAGUGCUUUAAUGUGGUUUAAAGAAGCUGUGCAUUGUGCAAGACAAACAUUAUGUAGUGCAUUGGCUGUCAGCACAACAACCAUUUGCCCUCACUCAUCUGUUAGUAAAAGCUCUGUUCACCCUCAUAUAGAGUUUGGGGACUAAUGGAUAUUGGGUCAUUCCAUUUCAUUACACCCACCAUCUCAGAUUGUUGUGAAAUCGUUUCUGUAGUUACAAAAACAGAUACGAUUUUUACAUUCCUGAAACAUUAUUUUGUUAAAAUUGAAUUUGAUCUAUGAGAAAUUAAUCUAAUUGAUUGCACCCAAAUCGGCCCUUUUAAUUUAUAGGAUUCACAUAAUAUUUAACAAAUAUAGUACCUAACAGCCGAUUUGGACCAGACUUCUUUCUACCAUUGAGUAAGACAUGAGGAAUCCAAUAAAAUUGUCAAAAGCCACCCACGGACCCCCCACACCCCACGCCAAUCCCACCCCAACAACCAGUAUACAGCAUCAGUUCUCUAUGUUUGACAAGUAGUAUGGAGCUGUGGCUUGGAGUAUUGCUUCUUCACCAUUUGUAAUGUAUUCCCUGUGAGUCUGGUGAUGGCUUUUUCCCUCUGUUUAGAGAAAUUAGACAUUGAAGUCACUUGUAUAAUUUACUAUAAAUUAAUGUGAAAGUAUCAGGUUUUGCCCACUAGAUGCCACUGUUCCUGCUACUGCCACCACACCCUUUUAUCAAUUUUGCUGUUUUAUUAAAUGAGUCACAACAGUUUCUUUGCAACUUUGGGUAGAAAAGCCAAUAGUGUUUGCUCAUGAUGAAAAUAAAUUGUGUGGUCAAUUGUGUGGUCAAGCCAGUCCUCCAUGAAAGCAAUUCAGUUUGUCCUUCUCUUAGCAACCUAAUACUUAAACCUAACUCUCCUUGAAUAGUCCAACAAAUGGCAGCUCUCUGAGGGCUGUAUGUUGCAAUUCUCAUAUGAAGACUUUUCCUACAAGCCCAAAAUGUUCAUGGAGAAAUGGGCUAGUGACUAAAAUGUUGUGACAAUAAUAAAAUUAUAAACCAUUGGGAAAGGGAUACCUAGUCAGUUACACAACUGAAUGCAUUCAACCGAAAUGUGUCUUCCGCAUUUAACCCAAACACUCUGAAUCAAAGAGGUGUGUCAUCGGCGCCCGGGGAGCAGUUGUUGUUGGGGGUUAACUGCCUUGCUCAAGGGCAGAACAGCAGAUUUUUCCACCUUGCUGGCUCUCGGACUAGAACCAGCGCCAUUUCGGGUUACUUGCCCAACGCUCUCAACCACUAGGCUACCUGCCGCCCAUUGCAGUCAUAUGUUUUUCAAUAAAAUGAUAUUGUAGUGUGAUUAGUGACAUUUACCAUUAAACCCAACCCAAUACCAUUACCAUUGCAAAAACUGUACAGUGUGUGUUUGGGACAUUUAACCAUUGAAGACCAUUAGAGACCAUAACAUUGAAACCAGUAGAACUGCUGUAGCCUAAUAUUUUGCUUGUUCACCAGGAAUGGUCGAACAUCAACUAAUACGGCCCUUUUUUGAAGGGAAUAAACCACACACAGAGGGGCCGUUUCCUGGACACAAAUUAAGCCGAGAAGGACAAACUAAAUUGCUUUCAUGGAAGACUGACUUGAAUUGUGAGGUUGACCAUACAAUCUAUUUUCAUCAUGAGCAAAAGCUAACGGUUUUCUACCCAAAGUUGCAAAGAAAAUGUUGUGGUCCAUUUAAAAAAACACGAGACCAGCAAAAUGGACAAAAGUGUUUGGUGACAGUAGCAGGAACAGUGGCAUCUAGUGGGCAAAACGUUGUACUUUCACACUAUAUAAUGCAAGUGACUUCAACGGCUAAUUUCUCAGAACAGGGGGGAAAAAACAUCACCAGAUUCACAGGCAAUAAAUUACAAAGGAUGAAGAAGCAAUACUCCAAGCAGUAGCUCCAUACUACUUGUCAAACAUAGAGAACCAAUAUUGUGUACUGGGUGGCUUUUCAUAAUUUCAUUGGAUUCCUCAUGUUUUACUCAUUGUUAGUAAGAAUUAUGGUCCAAAUCGGAUGUUAGGCACUAUAUUUAUUGAAGAUUAUAUGAAUCCUAUAAAUUAAAAUGGCCAGUUUGGGUGAAAUCAAUUAUCUUAAUUUCUCAGAGAUCAAAUUAUAUUUCAAUCUUAUCAGUUUCCAAGUAUAGAAAAGAUUUCAGAACAAUCUGAGAUGGUGGGUUUCAAAAUCCUUUUGUUGUGCUUUUUGAGGUGGAAUGACUCUGUUGUAAUUGAAUGAAAAACUGCUACAAACCUGAUAUUGACUCUGACUGUGACCAAAAGGGGUUGCAUUUCACCAUUCUUAAAUAACCUCAGAAGGAAUUUAAAAAGUGUUCCUUGUACCAUGUUCCCCUGUGUCUGACUUUCAGGACAAUCUCAAUGUUGACGAGGCAGGAGCCUUCCUAGUGGAGAACAUGCUGCGGAUUGACAGAGGGCUAUCCAGCAGAGACAACAAAAAUGACAGGAUCAACAUGAGACAGUCCAAGGAAACAUUUCAAUGCUGCUAGUACCACCAUGGAGACAAUGGACUCAGGGGACAGAGGGAUAGAGGGACUUGAACAGGGAAGGACAGCUGGGUAAACUCAUACUUGUACAUAAAUAUGUAAUUUCAACCAGCAUUGCCCACUGGUUGUCAGGCAUGUCAGUUUAUAUCAUUCUCAUUUCACACCCUCACAUAUGAUUUCAACACAUUCCAUCAGCAGUACAUGGGUAUCUAUGUGUGGGGUUUGUAAUAAACACCUCUAUGGAGAUGAUUGAGCUCAUAUCCUCUGGUAAUCCACUGAUCCAAUCAGCAGGCAAAUAAACCGACUAGAAGGAAUUCACAGACUGCUACAUAGUCUCCUGAGCUACAGCAGCUUGCUGUGAGAACACUGGCUAUGAUUACAGAAAUAUAAUGAAUAGAAUAUUAAUUCUAUGGCUGUGACACUCCCUUUAU